AGCUACCUCCCAUCGCCAUGGCCAAAGAGCUCGAAGCUGGGAUACUGCGACCCUCUUCCAGAAGUGGAGCGACGAUGGGUGACCGCGCAUUCAAGGGCGUUGGGGACCUCAUCAAGCUCCUCCCCACCGGCACCGUCUUCCUUUUCCAGUUCCUCAGCCCGCUCCUCACCAACGCCGGCCACUGCUUCCCCGUAAACAGGUGGCUCUCCGGCGCGCUCCUCCUCGUCUGUGCCUUCGCCUGCUCCUUCGCCUGCUUCACCGACAGCUUCGUCGACCCUUCGGACGGCAAGCUCUAUUACGGCGUCGUCACCGCUCGCGGGAUCUGGCUCUUCUCUGACCCUGGCGCCGCAGCGAGGAACGACCUCUCCGGGUACAAGCUCCGUCCGGGCGACUUCGCGCACGCCGCCCUCUCGCUGCUCGUGUUCGCGGCGGUCGCGCUGCUGGAUAACAACACGGCUUCGUGCUUUUAUCCGGCGUUGCUCGUGGAGGAGAAGACGCUGGUGACGGUGCUGCCGCCGGUGAUCGGCGCAGUCGCCGGUGUCGUCUUCAUGCUCUUUCCCAACAAUAGGCAUGGAAUUGGAUAUCCACCGAAUGGCACUGCUGCUGCGGAAAAGAGCGCUAAAUGAAGGAAUUGAAACAGAGCUAGGGGAAAAAAGUGUCAGAUUGUGGGGAAGUUUGUUUGAUC